AUGACCGUCACUCUUGCCUCACCGAUUGACUCCUCUGCCACUCUGGCCGCCCUCACAAGCGAAGAGAAGAUCGCUCUGCUUAGUGGGAGCGACUUGUGGCACACUACACCUAUCCCCCGCCUAGGUAUCCCUCGUGUUCGACUCAGUGAUGGACCUAACGGUGUACGAGGCACUACUUGGACAAAUGGUGCCGCUGCCUCGUGCUUCCCCUGUGGAACGGGACUGGCGUCAUCCUUUGACGUCAAUCUCCUCACCCGCGUUGGAGGGGCACUUGGUGAUGAAUGCCACGCCCGUGGUGUCCAUGUUCUACUUGGACCGACAGUCAACAUCCAGCGUCACCCUUGUGGUGGUCGCGGUUUCGAGAGCUUUUCGGAGGAUCCAUUCCUUGCGGGGACGCUAGGGAAAGCCUGGAUUGAAGGGGUCCAGAGCCGCAAUGUAAUGGCAUGCCCCAAGCACUGGAUCGCCAACGAGCAAGAACUCAACCGCCGCAGUUCCAACAGCGUCAUUGACGAACGCACGCUGCAUGAGAUCUACAUUGAGCCGUUCAGGCUGCUUUCCUUUGCCAAACCGGGGACAUUUAUGUCCAGCUACAACCGUGUGAACGGCGCUCAUGUCUCAGAGUCUGACCACUUGCUCCGCACUGUGUUGCGUGGACAGCUCGAGUUUGACUCACUCCUCAUGUCCGACUGGGCUGGAACAUACUCGUCGUCCGAGGCGGUCAAGUCGUCGCUAGACCUCGAGAUGCCUGGGCCAUCGACCAUGAGGGGAGCCGCGCUUGAGCGUGACAUUCUGUCCACCAAGCUCAGCCUCGAAGAGCUGGACGACUGUGUCCUCAGGUUCCUCAAGUUUGUUCGCAGUGCGCAACUCUCUGGUAUCCCGUUCGAGGCACCCGAGAAGCACAUUGACAGCCCUGAAAUGCGCCAACUGUUGCGCGAGUCGGCCGACUCUAGCAUCGUUCUGCUUAAGAAUGACCUGGGGGUGCUGCCACUCAAUCUACAAAAGGGGUCAACCAUUGCAGUGAUUGGCCCCAAUGCUGCCACAGCAAGCUAUGCCGGGGGUGGCAGCGCAAGCCUCCCCGCAUCAUACACGGUUGCUCCUCUCGAUGCCAUUAGACAGGCGGCGGCGGUCACCGGAGCGUCUGUUGAGUAUACCAUCGGCGCCUACACGUCCAGGUGGACUCCCCUCUUGACCCCAUUCAUCCAUGAUGAACAAGGAGAGCACGGCAUUCAGUGCUGUUUCUUUGAAACCGAUCCCUGGGCCAACCCUUCUGCAAAGCCCAUUUUCACCCUGGACAACCACAGCUCGUAUUGCUACUUCACAGAGGGAAUUCCAGACGACAUACCCCUUCGCGGUUAUGUAUCGCUACGUACAACCUUCACGCCGGACGCGUCGGGAACGUGGGAGCUGGGUCUCAGCGUUGCCGGUCAGGCCGACCUCUUCAUAGACGGUCGCAAGGUUGUAGACAACUCGACGGACCAAGAAGUUGGCGUGCUGUUUUUCAACACCGGGUCGGAGGAGCGGAUUGGCGAGGUCGAUGUCAACGCUGGACAAGCAUACGGUCUAGAGAUUCGCUUCUCCAAUUUCCGGCCCAUCAGCGCAAUGUCACCUUACGCAGGCCGUCGGGGCGGUGUUCGCCUUGGAGGACGCCUGCGGAUUGACCCUGAAGAUGAGAUCGCGCACGCCGUCGAGAUCGCGCAACAGGCCGACGCAACCAUUCUUGUCAUUGGGACAAACGGCGAAUGGGAGUCAGAGUCGUACGACAGGGACACCAUGGGCCUCCCUGGCGCGACCGACGACCUUGUCCGUGCAGUGUUGGCGGCCGCACCAGGCACUAUCGUGGUCAACCAGUCUGGUAUGCCCGUCGAGUUCCCCUGGCUCAGGUCAGCUUCCACCCUCGUACAAGCGUUUUUCGGCGGCAACGAGUGCGGUACCGGCAUCGCCGAUGUUCUGUUUGGCAAGACCAACCCUUCCGCCAGGCUCCCAGUUUCCUGGCCGAACAAGGUCACAGACUACCCGACCAACUCUGAGCAUGGGUUUGGUCACCCUGUCAACACCAUCUACUCCGAAGGCAUCUACGUCGGUUACCGCGAACCUCACCUCCGAUCCGCGACUGGUUUCCCGUUCGGGUUUGGUCUGAGCUACACCACCUUUGAGUUGUCCGACCUCGUCGUUAAGCCCGACGGCGCCUUUGGUGCAAGCGUCAGCAUCAGCGUCGCCAACACUGGAGCCUGCGCUGGAUCCGAAGUGGUGCAAGUAUAUGUCCACCAGGCGGGUCCGUCUGUCGAUCGGCCAGACCAUGAGCUCAAGGGCUUCAGCAAGGUCUACCUCCAACCAGGGCAGUCCAAGGUGGUCUCGGUACAGCUUUCGCACGAAGCAUGGUCAUUCUACAGCGUCAAUAAGCGGGCUUGGGUUGGAGAACGAGGCACUUACGAAGUGAGGAUUGGUCGUUCUGCCAACGAAAUUGUGCUGUCCAAGCCGUUCUGCCUCGCCCAGGGUUUCACGUACGUGGGCUUGGGUGCGCCAACGUCUGUCGCCUAG